UCGAACCGUCCGGAUCGGAAUAAACAAGCCACGAGGUAGGCGGUGCAGCGCGGCGAGACUCCCUCCCUCCCACCUGCCCGCACGCGCGAGCUGACACUGUGGCGGAUAUUUACCGCGCCACCGGAGGCCACGUGGAAAAGCGGCGCCACGAAGGAAAUAAAAGAGAAACGUCCGUCGGCCGGCCGAGCCGAGCGCCUCUAGCAUUCGAGAUCUUUUCUCUUUUCUCUCACCUCCCUCCCUCUCCCUCUCCCUCUCCCUCUCUGGUUGGUGGUGAAGUUGAAGGAAGGAGACGACGAUGGAGGAGGUGGACGGUCUCCGGGAGCUCGCGCGCUUGCCGGACGUGAUGGUGGUUUGCUCGUCUGCCGGAUGGACGGACCAGAAGCACAUGCUCUACCUGGGCUUGUUGCAGGAGUCGUUCGUGAACCGGUUGCACGACGGUGAAAUCGGCUUCAGGGGGCUCUUCCAUCUCUCCCCAGGACCAAGAGCUUCUACGCCCAAGCAACCGUCCAAGGCUGACAGAGCAAAGGUUGGGCAGGGCAGACCACCUUGCUGCGGGAAUCAUGGAGACGGAGAAACGAUUUCUAUGGAAGAAGAAGAUGAUGAUGCAUCAUCACAAGUCUCCGGCUCGCAAUCAAGUGCGACGACCUCUCGACCAUCUUCCCCGUGCCAUUUUGGCAAGCGCGGAUGUUCCCCUUCUAGCACCGCAGAGGGAUCGGAUCAGAACUUCGUUGACGAGGAAACGAUUGCGAGGGAAACCGGAGAAUCAAGAGGACGACCGCUCAGCAACAAGCGACUCAAAGUCUGCUGACCGCUACUAUGGAUGAUCAAGCAGUUCAUCAUCCAUGAAUGCACAAGAGAAGAAGGGUAACGAACACUGUUAUGGCUAGCUCACUGGAGGCGGGUUUUGGAUUAAUGGCCUGAUUUAAUGUGAUAACAGUCAUCUUUGUGCAUGGUCAUGAAGCAAAAGGAAAAUCCACACACUGUUUAGGUUGUUCUUUGGGGCCGAUCGACUAAUGUUGCCUGUUCACCCGGUGAAAUCACCUAGAGUUGUAGAAUAGAGAUCAAGACUCGAGUAACACGUAUGAUGCCCAAAGCUUGUUAAGUUGAGUAGAUUUCUGUAGUGCAAGUUUGAACAAAGAUAGUUUUACAGAUAA